CAUUCUUCUCUUCUCUCUCUUCUCUCUAUUUAUAUUAUACGCUCCUCUCCUGCCCGUCUGCAGUAGUUGCCAGGCGAAUCAGAUCAAAACGACUUUAUUUGACGGGAGCUAUACAAAAAAACAAGGACAAUCACCAAGGAGGACUCAUUUCCCUUUAACAGAGCUUGGAAUACAGAACAAAGGAGGAUAAUAGAAAUUCGUCAUUCUCUAAUUCCAUCAAUCCUUCAGCUCAGGAAUUAAGGAAGCAAUGUCUGACGAUGAAAGACAGAACUACUCUGAUGAGGAAGGCGAAGAUGUCGGUUAUGAUGACAGCGAUCGCGAUGACUCUGAAGACGAUGAGGAAGAUGAUGAGGAAGAAUUAAAGAGAAUUAGAGAUGGAUUUAUUGUUGAUGAUGACGUGGAAGAAGAAUCAGAAGAUGAAGUGGUCCCUCGCAUAAAGAAGAAGAAAAAAAGAAAAGGUACCGAACAGCCUAAGCGAAAGCAGGAGGACCUUGAUGAAGAAGAUCUGGAUUUGAUGGAGGAGAACACAGGAGUGAAGAUCAGAAGACCAGAGAAAUUUAAAAGACUGAAAAAGCGUAAGCAGGAAGACGAAGAUGAUGACGAAGACAUGUACAGUAGUCGACAUGACGAUGUUCAGAAAAUCUUUGAUGAUGAAGAUGACGAGGGCAUGGACGAUCGUGGUGGUUAUGAUGAUGAGAUGGAUCGCUUCAUUGAUGAUGAUGAAGAUGAAGAUAUGGAUAUAGACGAUCGAAGACGUGAUCGCCGCGAAAAACCAGUUGCAAAACCCAGGGCUAGACACGCACCAUCCAUCGAGGGUCUUAGUGAAGAUGUUUGGGGCGAAUGGUACGAAGUAUUUGGUGAUGGUGAAGAUUAUGCCUAUGCACUUGGCAAGGAAAAUGGGGAAGACAUGUAUUAUGAAAAGAAACCAGAACCUCGUCUCAAGGAUGUAUUCGAACCUGGUGUAUUGGCUGAAAGGAUGAUGACGGAUACUGAUGAGAUUAUUCGAGUUAAGGAUGUUCCUGAACGCAUGCAACUUCGUCCUGGAAUCCAAGCCGAUAGACAGCUGACCGAUGAUGAUAUUGAGGAGGAGGCUUAUUGGAUCACCACACAGAUGAACGAGAAUAGACGAGGAGUUGACCAGCCCGCUUUCCAGAAAGAGAAUGUUAAUAAUGUCUUGAAGUUCAUGUCACAGGAAUUGAUGGAGGUACCCUUCAUCGAAACCCAUCGACGAGAUUACUUCACCAAGGUGGAUGGUCAACAGUUGACCGAACUCUUAUCACGCGAAGACUUGUGGUAUAUCUAUGAUCUAGAUCUCAAGUUUCGAUCAUUUCUCGAGCGUCGAGAAGCCAUCAAGACUCUUAUUGACCGCAUGGAAAUCAAGGAUGAGUAUCUAAAUGACUCACUACUCAAGGCUACUAAGCUGGAGGAGUUAACGGAUGUUUCCGACUACAUUAAUCUACGCUUUUCUAAGCAGAUUGACAAGACAAAAACAUUCAAGAGACCAGGUUCUGGAGGUGCUUAUGAUACUUCCAAACGUGAGCAACUUGCAGACUAUAUCAAGGAUUUUGGAUUGUCAGCACGCGAGUUUGGAACUAAUCUGUUGGAGGAAAACAAGCGUCAUUUCCCAGAAGAUGUUGCCAUUUCACCUCACGAGGCGGCUGAAAAAUACGUGGAGCGUGGCUUUCCAUCGACAGAUCGUGUGGUUGUCAUGGCUAUGAGUAUGAUCUCACAGGAAGUUGCUGUGGAUCCACAAGUCAGGAAAGCUGUUCGUCAAAAAUACGAGAGCGCUGCAUGUGUUACUGUUACACCAACUGAGAAGGGCAUGACUGUCAUUGAUGAACUCCAUCCCUAUUAUCCUUUCAAGCGGUUGGCACAAAAAUAUGUCCGUGAUUUCCACGAUGGUCAAUACCUGCAGAUUCUUCAAGCGCAAUCAGAAGGCCUUGUGAAAGUGGAGAUCAAACUUCCGGAUGAAGCAGCCUAUCUUCAAAAAGCAUUUGAAUAUUUCCUGAGCGACUACUCCUCAGAGGUUGUCAGCAAGUGGAACGAAGUGCGCCGCAAAAUCUUGACAAGUGCCCUAAAAGACCAUGUUUUUGGAUUAAUGGAACGUGGUUUAAGCGAGAAAUUACGCUCACAAGCUGAGGAGUGGGUUGCCAAGAAGUGUCAAAUCAGUUUGGAAGAGAAAUUAAAUGUUGCACCUUAUGCUCCUCGGGAUGCAAAGUGGGAUCGAGACUACUCGCCAAGGGUAGUCGCUAUCUCACAUGGAGCCGGGUCGCCCAAAGAUGCUAUCCAGGUAGCGUUUUUGGACGACAAGGGCAAGUUUGCAGACCACAUAAAGCUCGAUAGCCUUCGUGAGCUCAAAGGACAAAAGGAAUUGACCGACUUUUUGGAUCGUCGCCGACCAGAUGUCAUCAUAGUAGGCGGCUUUACCGUUGCAACCCGUCGCUUACUAGAGCAGGUCGAGAAGACAAAAGCAGAUGAUACGCCAGUGAUGAUGAUCAACGAUGAGGUCGCACGUCUAUACCAGAAUUCUAAGAGGGCAGCAGAGGAGUUCCCAGAAGUACAUCCACUGACUCGUUAUUGUAUCAGCUUGGCUCGAUUGGCGCAAAAUCCUAUGAAUGAAUACGCAGCGCUUGGACGCGAUUUGAUCAAUAUCCGCCAGCAUCCAUUGCAACAUCUUGUUGGCGAGGAUCGACUCCGGGAACUCUUGGACCGCGCCCUUAUCAAUAUCAUCAAUGCUGUUGGCAUCGAUUUCAAUGCGGUUGUUGACUCGCCCUACAAGGCUCAUAUGCUCCAAUACAUCUGUGGCCUGGGUCCUCGAAAGGCACAGAGUUUGAUUAAGAGCAUUGAAGCGGAUCAACAUAAUGGAAGCUUGGACAAACGUGGAGAUCUUGUCUUCCGCAAGCUACUGACAUGGAAUAUCUUUAUGAAUUGCUGCUCUUUCCUCCGUGUGCAGACCAACUAUGGUGGAGAUGUUCUGGAUGAAACUCGUAUUCAUUCUGAGGACUAUAAUUUGGCGCGAAAGAUGGCCGCAGAUGCACUUGAGAUUGAUGAAGAAGGAUUAGAGGAGUAUGAAAACGCAUCUCAACAUGUGGAAGAGUUGAUGAGAGAUGACAGUGCGGAGAAGUUGAAUGAGCUAUUGUUAGAAGAUUAUGCCCAUCGACUUGAGGUAAUUCAACACAAGCCUAAGCGUAUGACCUUGGAGAUGAUUAAGGUAGAAUUACAGCAUCCCUUUAAAGACCCUCGCCGGCCCUUCGAGCGUGCAUCACCAGAAUUGAUCUUCACAAUGCUCACAGGAGAGACAGAUCAGACGCUCAAGGAGGGUUUUAUUGUCCCUGCAUUGGUAACGAGAAUCCGUGACAGAAAUGCGAUGUGUCGUCUGGAUUGUGGUAUCGACGGUAUCCUGGCUAUACAAAAUAUUUCAGAUUCGAAGAUUGGAUCUAUUUCAGAUGUAUUGUCGGACGGUCAGACGUUGCAGGUCAAGAUCCUUCGACUGGAUAAGGAGAAAUUCUUUGCAGACCUGUCAUGUAAGGAAAGCGAGUUGCGGCAAGGCGAUUUGAAGCUGCGAAUGCUUCCAAUUGACAGAAUGUUUGAUCAAUUUGAGGAAGAGAAGGCUCAGAGCCAAGUGAAGACGACUGUAAAGAAGAGCAAUUUCUUGCCCCGCAAGAUCACCCACCCCUUGUUCAAGAACAUGAACGCAGAGGACGCUACCAAGUUCUUGUCAGAUAAGCCUCGUGGCGAACUGGUGAUUCGACCUUCCACUCGCGGUACUGACCAUCUUUCAGUUACUGUCAAGCUUGCAGAUGACCUCUACAAGAUUUUUGAUAUCCUGGAGAUGGACAAGAAAGAUGAUGUCAGUUUGGGCAAGACUCUGAAGAUUGACAAUGCAAAAUACAGUGAUCUGGAUGAGUUGCUUGUUUCUCACAUUGAGGCAAUCCUGAGCAAGACGGAAGCACUCAUGGCCAGUCCAAAAUACAAAGAGAAUGCCUCUGAUCUUAGACAAACAUUGGAAACACAGACAAAAGCUAAGCCAGGAGCAGCAGUUUAUGGAUAUACACUGGAUCGCAAGUUCCCUGGAUAUUUCUUACUGUUAUUCAAGAUUGGCGCUAACCGCCCAAUCGAGGAAUGGAAUAUUAAGGUUUUCCCUGAACACUAUUUGCUGAAGGGACCGACCAAGAAGGAGUGCAAAGAUGUGAUAUCGAUAUCAAACAGCUUUAAAGAGUUGAUGAUGCAACGUAGUCGACCCAAACCUACGGCUGCAGCUGCAGCAGUGCCUCCAACAGCAUCAUCCACAGCAAACAAUCGGCCACACUAUAAUAGCUAUAAUGGAAGCAGCAACAGUGGAAGCAGUGGAUACAGUAACCCUCAUUAUACACCUUCACACCCAGGAACAUACCAUCAUCCACACUACCAACCUCAUCCAUCGCAUCAACCUGUGGCACCUCACCAUGCAGCAAUGCCACCGAUGCAACAACCACCCCAUCCUUCAUCUUCGGGGGCUGGACAUUGGGGUGCAACUCCAUGGGGCGGUGCACCUUGGACGGGUGCAGCAGGUGGUAGUCAUAUGGGCCCUCCAGGACAUAUGACAGGUCCUCAUCAUGGUGGAUAUGGCAGUGGACAUGAUGGAAGGCAUGGUCAUCCUUCGCGAGCGCCACCAACACCACGUCGUUUCAUGCCUCCUCACGGUCAACCGUCGCAACCCUAUGGUUAUUAAUGAUUAGUACCUUUAAAGAAAAAUCUAUAAAUUAAAAAUGACGAAAAAAUAAGGCGACUGUGAAAUUAGAUGUCUGUCUCAAGAGGUACCUUCAAUGAUACAAAGUUUUUAAUUGUUUUAUCCAUUUUAAUUUGCAUUGCUCCG